AUGCUCCCUAAAAGUGACUCAAUUGAACUGUUACUUUUUAAUUUGAUUUUUUGUCCAUACGCACCAGGUGCUGGCGGCGGUUGGGCCCCCGGAAACUAUACGGAAGACAAAAAAUCCACUGGCUCGGCGUUGCUGGGGACUGGCGGUUUCGGAAGCGAUGGAGGUGGUGUCGGCGGUCUGGCGUGUUACAAGAGCCGAGGCAACACCAAAGGAUUUGGCGGGUUCGGUGGAGGUGGUGGCGGAUGCGUUGCCGGCGGUGGAGGUGGAGGUUUCACCGGUGGUCGGGCUUGGAGCAACAGCCAGACGAACGGCGAGGGCGGCUGGUCGUAUUUGCCGGACAACCAGUACGUGUUCUACAGGGCGGUGUACCCAGGCAGCAACUACAAGUCCGGAACUGUGUACAUCAUACCCGCCAUCGUGGGUUGUGGGUGCGCGUACCUGUGCGCCGCUACCAAUCAGCUGCGCAGCUCGGUCGUCUGCAUAUGUCCGUCCGACUUCAAACUCGGGCCCGACGGCAAGUCGUGCAUAUAUCAAUCAACGGAGACGACAAAGAUUAUAUUUUUGAUCACUGGAAGUGUAUUUACAGUUGUAAUCAUUUGCUUGAUCUUAGGAAUUUGGAUGUAUAGAAGUUAUCGAAGACGAAAAGAACGCAAAGAAAAUGUAAAUUUGCUACACAACGGCAUUUUAAAUUACGAUUUGACAUCGAGAAAUAGAAAUGGAAAUGUAGACAUCAAUCCUACUUAUGAUUUCAACGGAAGGACAUUGACAACGAACGAUCUUCCAAGGAUAUUAAGGGACGAAUUAAGAAUACAAAAAUCUAUUGGCGAAGGAGCUUUUGGAGUGGUGUACCGUGGGUAUUAUAAAAAAACGGGCGAAACGACCGAAAUGCGUGUCGCGAUAAAGACUCUCGAACCGAAAAAAGACAUGACCAAUGUGGAGGUGAAAUUCGACGACGACAACACACCUAAUCCAGAAGUCGAAAUAGAAAAAAUACAGAGGAUCAAAAGGGCUGAACUAUCUUGUAUACGUGACUUCCUGACCGAAGCCAUCAUAAUGAGUCAGUUUAAUCAUCCGAACAUUGUGAAAUUCAUCGGAAUCACUUUCGAAAAGAACUAUAGGUUCAUCGUAACAGAACUUUUGAGUGGCGGUGACUUGAAAGAAUUUUUACGCAAGAAUCGUCCGUCAGUCCAACAAAAUCACAAAAUCAUUCCCAUAAAGUUAAAAGAUUUAUUAAAAAUGGCAUUGGACAUUGCCAAAGGGUGCGUAUACUUGGAAAACCUUCAUUUUAUCCACAGAGAUAUUGCUGCCCGAAAUUGUUUAUUAUCUACGACAGGACGUGGCAGAGUAACAAAAAUUGCUGAUUUCGGAAUGUCUAGGGAUGUAUAUAGAAACGAGUAUUACAGAAAAGACGGUCAAGCAAUGUUGCCCAUUAAAUGGAUGCCGACAGAGUCGUUGAUAGAUGGCGUUUUUAAUUCAAAAACCGAUGUUUGGUCUUAUGGAAUCACAUUUUGGGAAAUCAUGACAUUUGGGUCCAUGCCAUACACGGGCAUGACGAACAAAGAGACAAUGAAUUACGUUAUGAGAGGUGGUCGUUUAUCCAGACCAGGCAUUUGUCCAGAACCUGUGUAUAAGCUAAUGGGCAGUUGUUGGAAAACAAACCCUCAAACCAGGCCUACGUUUGAGUACAUCCGCAAUAAACUUCGUCUCUUUAUACAAGAUCCGGCCAUCAUCGAUUUCAAACCUCCAGUGAUCGGCAGGCCCGCUGCUCAACUUCCAUACCGAGCAACUCAUCCGCUGGAUGACAAUGCCCCGCCGGAUGGUGUUCUUCGAGCGCGCGAUUGCGUAGCCGGAAGCGGCGGAAUGCAUCAGCUGCCGCAAAACGAACACCAGGAGGAACCACAGUACGUGACGCCACUUCCUGCCGACGACAUGUUCGAGGGAGUGGACGCAGAAAUGAUGAGGGACGCCGAGCGGUUCGGCAGGUUCCGGGGCAGCAACGAGAUGGCGCCUCGUGACGACGAUGACGACGACGACGACAAUGAGAGCGGCGGUGACGAAGAGGACGAUGACGAUGACGAUGACGCGGCGAACAAUGCCGAAGUGGACGACGAGGUUGACGACGACGAUGAUGACGACGACGACGAUGACGACGAACAGAAUGUGGAAGAGGAGGAAGACGACGACGCAAACGGUGCGGAGAUUGUCCUGGAAGCCGACAACAAUCGGUUCGACGAGGACGACGACGACGCGUACGGAGACAACGCCAGGAGCAACGGUCCUGUGACGUCGUAUCACUGGAAUAGGUUCAAAGAGACGAGUUUCAUCAGCAUGAAGGAACCGAACACCAAACAAACGGGCACAGAAGGCCAACCAAAUACGUCUAAGAGAAGAAAGUCGUUCUCCGAACUCGAAGACAACAGGCCCAACCCUUAUUCGUUGACCGGCCGCGUUCGGUACAACGUAGCCAACGACGGGAAAAUAAGAUGCUGA